UCUUCCCUCUCCCUCUCUCACUCUCACCCCUACUCGCUGAAAGUGGAACUCUGGAAGGCACACUGAAGACUUAAGGACUUGGGCUUCUAAAUAUGCGUGUGUCUCUCUCCGUGCCGGCUUCACCACUGCUGAGGCCCUUCAGAUAGUGAUGGGACUUCUCUGCACCAUGAGGGAGAGGGGAGAUUAAUGAGAAGAGACAAUACUGGCUCCUUUCUACCUGUAUGACAGGAGGCCUCUUUAGCUGCACUCCAAAGCACAAUGUCCCAGUGUCGUCCCUGGCACAGAUAAGGGACCUUGCCUGCCGAUCCAACUCCGUGCUGGUAUCAUGGCGGGAGAGAUUAAGAGAACGUACGGCACCAAAGAACUGGAUGCGGGGUCUAAGAAGCUCGGAGAGGGCUCAACGAGAGAGCAGUACGGCGAGAAACGUCAAAGAGGUUCUCCGGAGCCCUACUCGAAUGGAACCGUGAAGUUCAUAGACAAGGACCGAGAGAGCACACAGCAGCGCGAGGCCGUCAUAAGGCCCCAGCAGGCGGGAAAAAUAGACUUUAAGUCGCUGCAGAACCGCCCCAAGUUCACCAGCGACAGCAGGCCAUGGCCCGGGGGUAAGGGCAGCCCCCAGUCACCAAGCGGCAAGAGCCGGACCCGGGACAAGGGCAAGAAAUCCAGCAAGUCGGAACGCGGCAACCCGCAGCAGCUGUAUCGCCUGAGCAUCACCAACCCCCGCUCCAACAACCCCACAAUCGGGAUCGCCUACCCGCAGCAAAAGGUGUCGCCGCCCAAGAAGCUGGAGGCCAGCCGGGGGCCGUUGUCCGGCAGCUACAGGUUCCACGUGCCCAGCAUCCCCGAGCGGGAGGCCGAGCUGCAGCAGGAGGAGCGGAGCUACGGCCGCUGCUUCCCGGAGGGCCCCUCCAACCUCACCUCCGCCAGCUAUACCUCACAGGUGGUGGUGGGGGGCACCUCGGGAGGACCGCCUGCACCCCAGCACCCAGCCUCCACCCAGCAGCAGCAGCAGCAGCAGCAGCAGCCACCACAACAACAGCAGCAGCAGCAGCAGCAGCAGCUGCCGCUACCACAGCCACAGGGUCCUCUGGACACUAGUGGGUCACAGCCCUCUGGUCAAAUGCUCUUCUCAGACUUUCAGCUGAACGGGACCGACGCGUGGCAGUCGCCGGAGAGGACGCUCGCUGGCGCCGCCUAUGGGAUUACAGCGCAAAAAGCCAACCUUGCGGUCGAGCCGAACAAGGCCGGCUUCAUGCCCCUGUCCUUCCAGUAUGGCUUUCCGCUGCUGGAGGACUCGGCCACGGACGCUUUUUCUUGUGACCAGAACCCUCCGUCACAGGACUACAUGGACACUUCCUUGGCCCCUUCCGGCCAGGUGCCUCACAACCCAUUUGCCUUCCAGGCCUCUGCAGAGGGACAGGAGGCAGGACAGCAGGGCAGCGGCGGUCAGUUCGGCAGCGAACAGAGCGACGACAGGCCGCCGUACCCCCUGUCCACUCAGCCGCAGCAGUACCUGCAGAUCCCACACGGGCCUCCGUCUUCCAUGCACUGCCCCAGGGGCGUGGGCGAGGAGACGGGCCUGGGGGAGAGCUCCGCUCCCAGUUCGGAUCAGAGCAAAGGUGGCCUGGUGGACAAAACAGACGCCGCUGCCACUUCAGGGGGCAAAAGGAACUGCCACCCCAAAGACGGCGGCGCCACCACCACCGCUGCCGCCAAUCAGAGGGUACUCAUUCAAAACAACGUCCACCAUAUCAGAAACAUUGCACAGGGCCCCGGCUCUCAAAUGCACUUUCCUGGCAAAGCUUACAGCAGCCCCCCACUCAACGCUGUCCACAUGGGCCCUGUGCCUCAUGAGAAGAACAUGAGCAAGAGCCACAGCCGGGCUGCACAGCCGUGGGAGGGCCCGAACAAGGCCUUUUCGCCCAUGGAGCAGAACUCUCUGGCUUACUCCAACCUGCCAGAGAAAUAUCCCUUUCAGUGCCAGCCGGUACAUGACCAGAGGCAGGGCCCAGGUAAAAACAACCGCAUGACCUGGCAGCAGAUAAGGUCAGCCAUGCCAAACCAGAACAGGAUUGAGCUCUCCAGGCAGUUGAGUAAUCAGAAGCUGACGUUUGUAAUCGCACCCAAUGAGUGGCAGGAUGAGGAAAAAUUGCACAAGGCCGGUCCGCUCAAAAGUCCUGGCACCUUCCAGAACAAAAGGCCCUCUGAAGGGUACUCAAACCAAAGACAGGAGAGUGUCAAACAGACUUGUAGCACAGGGUUGCCCCCGUGUCCCUAUAAAAGCAAAGCUGAGGCAAGUCACGUGCAGGCCUGUGAUGCUAAGAAUAAGUCGCUAUACUUUGGGAUGAACCAAUCGAUACCUGGGGCAUCCACCAGAGCAUGUAACUAUCCUCCUAUGCAGGUGCCACCCAUGGGCAUGAUGCUUGUGCCCCCCUACGAGUCCCCCUUGCCCUCCCCCACUCAGAACCCCGCCUCUAGCAGUACGUGCUCGUCCUCUCCCACUCAGAACCCUGCCUCUAGCAGUACGUGCUCGUCCCUCUCACCUGCUUCCACGAGCCCUGUCAACAGCAGCUCUGAUGAUAGCCAGAUCUCAAAGCCUGUUGGCCCACCACCAUUCUACCAUCAGCAACAGGGUAAGGCACUGACAUCCACCGAUCACCUCAACACAAACCAUCACCAUUUCCAUGCGGAUGCCCCGCGCAGUCUGCCCUACCCCACAGAUAGACCCAAGGAGGACAUGAUGGGCUUUCUGCAGAACAACAGAGCACACCCAAAGUCCAGCAUGGAGAGUAGCAAAGGCUGUAUGGACAACUUUGGGAUGGAGCACCAUCCCCCACCCCCGUACUCUGCCCACCAACUACUGGCCACCUCCUUAGCUACUGCGAACCUCGACCAGUUGGAUGUGUUGCUCACUUGCAAGCAGUGUGAUCAAAACUUCAACAACUUGGUGUCUUUCCUUGACCAUAAGCAGUACUGUGGACAGCAUGCGUUUGCACAAAAUGACUUCAAAGACAUAUCAAAAGUCGAGGACCCCAAAAAGUUCCAAAUGGAUCCCACCAAAGCCCUGAACUCUGGAACAGGCUUUUCUCAAAUGUCACGUUGCCCGUCAGACCUGCAUUUAUCUCUGCUCGGGCUGAGCAAGAAUGGUGAACUAAUACCUGAAACAGAGGCAAAAGUUGACACCAAAGAUGACCCCUUGAAAUUGAACUUGUUUUCGGGGGCAACAACUCCUGUUUCUCUUCCUGACCUAGAUAUGGAGGAUGCUAAAUUAGACAGCCUUAUCACAGAAGCUCUGAAUGGACUUGGGUAUCAGUCUGACAAUGCAGAGAUUGACAGCAGCUUUAUCGAUGCAUUUGUGGAUGAUGAACUCACAACUGCCAAGUGCACGUCAAACAGGCAGACACUGAAAACCAAAGACUGUGUGAUGUUUGAGAGUCGAACCAAGCAUGAAGCAACCGCUAGUGAAAAGUCAUACACACAAGGAAAAUGUCCUUAUGACUCCGACUUAGACAGCCGUAGCACUGACAGCAAGCAGACAGAAAGUAGUAAUACAGAGAGUCAGAGCUUAGAACAGAGUGAUGACACCAACUCCAAGGAGGAGAGCUCACCAGAGAGCCUCAUUGUCUCCUCCCUAGAUAAGAGCAGAGAGCAUAAACAGUGGGUGAAAGAAACACGAAAGUCAGAAACGACAUUAGAGGAAAGUUCAGGUAAUCCUUGCUUUGUCUUAUCCAAAAAGUUCUCAGAGCGCUGUGGAAUUAAGAGCGUGCAGGAAAGCUCCCUGUUUGUCAAGUCAUCUGUUCCUCAAUCCCCGUCUGGCAACAGGACGUCCACCACGCAGAGGCUCGUGACCCGGGAGGGGAAGAGGAAAAGGACAGGUGGAGGAACGUGGAGCAAGGAGCUCAUCCACAAAAUCGUCCAGCAGAAGAACAAGCUGCACAAGCUCCACGUCAAAGGCACCAAAAAUAUGCAGUUCUCCCUGGUGAUGGAGAGGCUAACCCCCACAGUGCAGACCCCCACGUUCAGGGAAUACGACUACGUGUCUGACUCUGACGAAGACUGUGAGCCUCUGAAGAUCGCCGGGAAAGGCCGCCUCAGCCAGAGCAUCCGCUGCAAGUACACAUACACCAAAGAAUGCAAGGGCAGAGCGAGGAGUGAGAAAAGCCGAGACCUCCCGUGGAAGCAGGAUAAAAACGACUGUUUUGAGUCCAAAAGGCGGAAUGAUGUGUCUCUGUCCCCCGUGAAAGAGAGGCUGAGGCGGCGGAGUAGCAGGUCUUCCACCAGCAGUGAGCUCAGCACCUCUGUGAGCCUCUCCAGCGACGGCAUCAGCAGCCCCAAGAGCACUGAUCGCACGGACUCGGACAGCGAGAGAAAAGUCGAUGUGAAGCGGAAGGACUCGGACUGUUUUGAGCAGAACGGGCUCGAGCGGUCACCACACAGGGUGCGCCGAGAGUCCAACACUUCCCUGGCAUUGUCCUUCUCCAAAAACACCAAGCGCUACAGCACAGAGAAGAUUCUCCUCUCUGCCAACAAAGAGGACUCGACGACCACCACGAAAUGCUCGAACAGUAGCAGCAGGAACACGGAAAUUGUGUCGGAACUCACAAAGACCAGGAGCGUUUUUAGAUUCAAGAGCACAGAGGUGUCCGCUGCGGGCCAAGGAGGACCGCUUCAGCUGUGAGACUGGCUCAUGGCGAGAACGGAAGAGUCCACAUGUCACACGAAAGAGAGUCACAAAACCAGCUCCAGCUCUAAACUCUAUUCAUCGGAGGUACUGAGCAACAAGGAGUUAAACAGUAACAGCAAGCAAAAGAAAGAUGACAGUUCAUCGAAAGUGAAACCAUCUCACAAAAGAAAAGCUGAAAGUGUCAGUCAUGCCGCACUGCAACAUUCAGACACCCCGACAAUUGAGUUUGACAAGCUUACUGAUGGUGUGCAUGGUGACAGCAAAGAGCCGACAAACUUCCACACUGAUCUGGUGAAAAAGCCCCCAUCACUGUGCAAUGUGCUGAUGGAUGAAGUGUGUUUGUCCCCCACCAAUUUACAAGAUGUUGCUGUGCAGAAAGACUCUAUGAGACACAGCCUCAUGCCUUGUCCAUUAGAACAGGAGCAGAGUUUGUUAAAAUCUCCUCUCUCAUUUGACACGUCAUCCAUGUUUGGAGACCUCACAGUCGGUGCCUUUGACAACAACCUAUAUCCAGACAUACAGCUGAAUAAAGACAGCUUUAGUCCACUGGAGCCCAGCAGUGACAAAAAGGAAAUGUUUGAGUCCUCCUUUUCUCCUUUCCUGGAGCAAAGAGACUGGGGCUUAAUGGUGGAUGUCACUCCAGAGCUACCAGACGAGAUCUCCCAGUACAAAGACGACUCCGAUGCGGAGAGUGAGAAAAAGAGCAGUUUUGGCACAGUGCCGUUUUCUCUGCCAGACAAGAUCAUGAACUACAGCACGGGCCUGAGCAAUUGUGUGUCCGAGGACGAGCUGGAGAUCAAGCGAAUUGUCACCGAGCUGGAGAGCCAGUUGCAGACAAACAAGCUCAGCACUUCGUCGCUGCUCGAGGAGGAGCUCCCGAAACAGCUGACCAUGAGCAAAUUCUCACCCCUGCGGCUAGACCAGGAAACUGAUAAUGAGCAGGGCGCUCUCGAGGUGGACUGCGCUGGUGAGAGUUUAGCACUGACAGCACCAAACAUGCCAGUGGAUCCCCACUCUGAGGGAUUCUCCGAGCCUGAGAUGCCCUGGGCUAGUCCUCUUCAGUUUGGGUUGGUGGAGACGCAGCACUGCCUCCACACCCCGACACACUCCAUCACACACACUCACGACACUCAGAGUGACAAAGUCGGCACCGGUGGUGACAUAUCCGUGGCAGAGAGAGAGGACCACCCAGGUACACCUCAUAAAUCAGAAGGUGACAGUGACGUCAAGAGCCUGCACACAGACAAAUCCGAGGAGAUGCUCGAGAAUGAAAUGUACAAGGAAAAUCUUAUGAAAAGUCUGGAAGUCAUUUCAGACUCCAUCUUUAAGAAGGAUCCUCUGCCACUGCCACUGUCGGAAUCUAAACUUUUACAGUCAAGCCCAGAGCACUCUCAGAGCAGCUGCCAAGAAGCUAAUGAUGAUUUAAUGGGAAAUGAUACUCUAUCUGACGCAGAAGAAACGAGGUUAGACAAACAGUCUGAGGCUCUGUAUGCUUCUCCUCGGUCUGUGAGUGCAGGCUGUGAAAUGGCAGAAGAGGUAGACACAAUAAAAUUCAACGACUCCUCAGAGAAUCCAGUCACCCAAAAUAACACUAAUGCCACAGAAAGCUCUCAGAUGGAGCCAUUUCAUGUCUUGGCGUCACAGUUACAUGAUCCUCAAAACCCUGUGGAAAUAUGUGAGGAGCUCCAGAGCAAAGCUCUUAAGAGACAUCGAGACUCCUCAGAGUCCCCAGAAUUAUUGUUUCCCACCACUCUACAAUAUGAGCGAGAGCGGUCAAAGGACUGCAAUUGGGCAAGCAGACAGCUGGAGCAGGAAGAAAUGGAAAUGAAUUCCAAUAUAAAGUCUGAUCAGACAGGGACAGAAGAGACAUCCAAAGAGUCAAAGGUCUCUCAGCCUUGCCAUGGCAAACCAUCAGUUGAUGAGGCAGAGGAAAAGGGUAAAGAAUGUGUAGAAGAGGGCUGUUUGACAGCUCAUGAACUGAAAGAAUCUGAAAGAGUUGUGGAAGAAGAUGGGAUCAAAAACACAGCAGUUCAUCCAGCAUGCAGCGCCUCCCGAGAGGGUGAGGAGUCAAGUAAAACAGAGAACAUUACUGAGGAGCACCUUAGCACACAGAUGAUUGAAGCAGCUGCAGAAAGCACUUGCCAUGCCUCACCUCAGAUUAGUGUUACUGAGCACUUCUCUCAUGCUCAUGCAAGCCAUGUGGACCCAAUUAAGGACACUGAUAUGGACACUGGUGAGGGGAUUACCUCAGACCUGCCUGACCAAAUCACAGAGGAGCCAGGGUACCGAGACAUCCUGGUUGAGCCCACCCUGACCAUAGCUACAUCACCCUUAACCCCUGCUUGUACUGAUGACACUCACGAGGAGGAGCAGAACAAGCAUUUAGCCAUACCUCCACUUAGCCCCUGUUUACCAUCCCCACCACACGGAAGCCCUGCUUUGCAUAUGAAGGACACUGAGCUGAAAACAAAAUGGCAGGAUGACAGUCAGCCAACCGGAGACACAGAGGUGCCCAGAGAGGAGCAAAAUGAGUUGAAUUGCAUAAAAGAGACGCUCAUCAGUGAGCCACCACCAGCAGCAGCUGUAGGGCUGGAUCACCCCUGUGUCCCCCAUUUGGAAUUUGAAAUGACCAAGAGUGAAAUGUCUAUAUCUGACACAAUGGUCUGUAAUUCCAUUGUAUCUGUCAACUCUAACCUCACUGUUCCCUCUCCAACAGAAACAUUCCCAAGCAAAGACUCUGUUUAUGAUUUCAAACUAAGCCCCCUGAGUUAUAAAGAAGUUUCCGAUAAUCAAGAGCACUUUCACUAUAAUUUCACCUCACUCCCAUCGGAAAAAGAAAUGGUUGAGUACUCAUGUAUAAAAACAAGUCCAAAAUCUGAUGAUAAUCAAAAUAAUACUGAUUUGCUAUUACCAUCAAAUGAGCUCAGCACAGGACAUGAUGACCAGGAACUUAAACUGUCGACUGAUUCAAACAAACUAGAAGCACUGAGCAUGCCAGCUAUUUCUAUACAAAAGAGCCACAUUGAAGAUAAUGACAAUUGCUCAUACAGUGAUGUGACUUGCAGUCGACAACAAGAAUGCAUCUCUACAAAUAAAAUGCAUGUCAGCAAGAUGGAGAACUGCCAUGUGGCUCUUGAGACAAUUGAUUUCAUGGAUUUCCACCUGGGACUACUGAAAAAAACAGAUGGAGAGAGCUUUGACAUAUUAACGAUUCCUACUGAAGACGUGUCCUUCACCAUGAGAGCAAACAAUGCUGUGUCCACUGUUGAGAAACUUCUCCAAGGCCAGGGAGAGACUGCCACAAAACCUUCAACAUCAGCACCACCAACUCAAACAGAAGAGGGACUUGUUACAAAGCAUGCCGAGGCAAAACCCUCCCCAAAAAAGAAUAACGCCAGCCACCCCGGCCAAGGAAACUUUCAGUGUGAGAUUUGCUCAAUGUACCUCCGCACUCUGCCAGGACUGAAGAGACACAAAGCCAUGAAACAUGUGGUGAGAACAAAUGUGAGUGUAUCCAUGACCAGUAACACAUCAAUUUAUCAAACACCAGUGCCUCUCCAGAAAGACGCUCAGCCACUUAUAAACAUGCACAGCCUGCAAACACAGGGAAAUGCAAUGUCGAUUAAUGUGGAUGAGCCAGUUUCGAUGUUAGAAAGCACUGCGAGUGAGCCAGACUCCUCAGCAGAGCCUAACCAUAAAGAGAAGAAAAGACAUCCGGCAACGGAAAAGACUAGAAAAAAUGGCAAAGCGUGGAAAAACAAAAACAGUGAAGUCGGUGGUGAGAGUUAUCCAUUUAACAUUGUGAAAGCUGACCCUUUCCCCGAGGAGUUGCUGUCCAUGCUGGACACAGACAUACUGCAUUCCAUACCCCCUGAGUUCCCACCUGUGUCCCAGCAAGGAUGCUGUCCACUCCCUGAAAAGACAAAUACAACCAGUAGCCAUGAAGGAUCUGAAGUGGCCGGCCCAGAGAAACUUACUGUGGAGACUGACAUUAAUGACCAUAAGUUCACCACAUCUCCCACAGACUCAUUUCAUAUUCAAGAGCAGGAUCUAAUGGCCUCAAACACCCCAGAAGAAGCAGGCACCAGUGCAGCAAAGGAAGGGAUUGUUAGGGACUUUGAGAUGAGUGGGGAGCACGAAUCAUGCAACAUGAAAACAAUAGCAUAUGCACAGACUGCAUCCUUGGGGCAAAAAAGCAUGAAUACAGAGCUGGAGCAAAAAUCGGAGGUGGAGAUCAAGAGUGAAAGCAGUAAUGAGCCCAGAGAAGACGCCGACCCACUCACAUGUUCUUUUAAAGAAACCCCAGCUAGUCCCUCUGGUCUUGGACCGGACCUUAACGCCCUUCUUGACGAUGAGAGUACAUUCUCACAGUUAUUCCCUCGGACUGAAGAAAUGAAAAGAAAAAAGUGUCCAAGGGUGUACGGCAAGAGCAAUAAAAAGCAAAAAGUAGCCUCAAAUGUGCCAGCUGUUCAGGACUAUCCUCCUGCUGACAUGUUUCUUGACAGGAGAGAGGACUAUAAGGAAAGUAAAACUGACAAAAUGUUUGUGAAUAAUAUCAACGCUCCUGAAUAUGAUAUGAUGACUAUUGAUGAUGCAAUCAUAUUAGACAUGUGUCACAAAGGCGUGAUGAAAGGUUCUGCAGAAAAAGAUUGUCAUAGUGACAGUGUGACAAACGAAAAGGGCUAUGAUGAGACCGCAGACCAUGGUAUAAACACAUUCUUGUGCCCGACAGAGGACAUCAUCAGUAAGGUCCCGGUGCCCUUGGGGCCCCUAAAUCCUGUUGCUGACACGGAUCCCCUGGUCUCUCCAGACGUCGAGUUGUGCAAAUCAGAACUCACGGAUACUUACCCUGGUGCUCCUCCCUGUGUUCAGGAAAACGUUUCACAUUUGCCCAGCAUUGACAUUCAGAACCUCAACACCACAUUCCAACUUCCGGAAAUUCAGUUUUUUGAACCUGGCAAAGACAUCUCGAUAGUUGGGAGCAUCAUCAGUGAAGACGAUGUGUUGCAGAGUCUUCCCACCGAGAGCGAAAAACCUGCGAAGAAGCCUGCGGAGCGAAGGGGCAGAAAACGUGGCGAGGCUGGACUGAAGCCCAAGGACAAACAGUACAAGUGCAAAGUCUGCUUCACAUGGUUCCUCACCUUAGGCGAGCUCAACUUCCACAAGCUCUCCCACAAUCCAUCACCACCGCCCACCUGCUACAUGUGCGUCCAGCGCAAGUUCAGCUCCCGUGAGCAACUGCGUGACCACCUGAGGGAGAAGCACGCCAAGAACAAGGCGGGCGUGUGGGCCUGUGGCAUGUGCCUGAAGGAGAUAUCGGACGUGUGGAUGUACAACGAACACCUGCGCGAGCACGCCACCCAGUUCGCCCGCAAGGGCCAGACCCAGAGCUCCCUCCUGGACAUGCCCGGCUGCUUCAUGCAGGAGAACGCAGUGAAGAACUUCAUCACCUCCAUCAUGCAGCACCAGCCCAGCAAGUCCAGCAGAGGAGACAAGUCGUCCUCCAGGGAGGACAGGAGAGCCACGCCGGACGCAGCUGGGCAAGAAACCAAGACAGAUGAUGACAGCGAGCCCAUCGUGACCAAGACCAAGGGCAGUGGCGGGGGCAGCAAGCACAGCACUUUCACUCCGCUCGAGGUCCUAAAGGCUGAGAUUGCCCCGAAGAAUGUCGAAAUGCAUCCCAACUGCAAAGACCCCUCCAGAGACUGCCACCACUGUGGCAAACAGUUCCCGAAGCCGUUCAAGCUACAGCGACAUCUGGUGGUGCACAGCUUGCAGAAGAUCUUCCUCUGCAACAAAUGCCCCGUCUCCUACCAGGAGGCCAAGGAGCUUAAGGACCACCUGAAGAACGAGCACGAGGAGCUCGACGAGUCUGACUCCAAACACACCACUCUGUACACCUGUGAGCUGUGCGCCGACGUGAUGCAUGUGAUCAAAAAGUCCUUCAUAUGCAGCACGUGCAACUACAUCUUCUCCAAGAAGGAGCAAUUCGACCGCCACAUGGAGAAGCAUCUGGCUGGGGGAAACAAAAUCUUCAAGUUCAGAGGGGUCCUACGCCCUUGCAAAAUGGCCGCGUCCAAAGAUGACAGCUUCAACUCACCUCCAAGCAAGAAGAGAAAGAUCCUACCGGAAAGCCUGCAGGAAAAUAGCUCUGACAGUGGCAUUGCCAGCGUUGCUUCUUGCCACCUAGGUCAGAGUGUGGAGUUGGAGGCUCUGAAAUCUUCAAUGACUGAGCCUAUGCAGUGCAGUGAUGACAAUGAGCACCAGACCGAGACGAGCGACACAGACGUUAAGACGGAGGACGAGAUUCUUGACGAACUCAAACAGUGUCAGUUCAAUGUAGACUCUGCAGUCCAAACCUCCCCCCCGAAAGCUAUACCAAAGACGGAGGAGAGUGACGACCUUUCCCACGUUGAACCUGCCCAAGAGACAAAGAACAAUGGCAAAGACGUUAAGUGUAUGACAGUCAACUGUGACGUCAAGGAAGAAGAUGACCCUCUUGCCAGCCCAAAACAACUCGUUUCACCCGCAAGUGUUACAGGAGACGAGAGAGAUUGCACAAGCAAACCUAAUCAGUGUUUUUCAGAAGCAAAUAUCCAUGAGAGCUUAAAAGAGGAAGAUCACAACAAGAGAGGAGGAGAAUCUUCUCCUGGGAGCCUGGACAAGUCACGCGCUGCUGAUCUGCCCCACAAAGAGCCCCUGUCUUACUGCCCCAAGCUGCCAGAACAAAUGAGACAAGAGAAAGCUAAAGACCACCCUGUCCUCACCGCCACCUGUGACGCUGAGGGAAAAGAUCCUCCAUCUACAAGUGACACUGACCAAUUUGUUAGUCCUCAGAUGAAGGAGAAAGCAGGUUCCAGAGCAGCUGAGAACCGCAAGCACAGUCCCGGAGCCAGCCCAUGGGCAUUGUCUUCUGGAACCGCAGAAGUGUCGCCAGUCCCUCAUGCCAAGGCCACUCCCUUGACCUCGUCAUCCAACGAAGAAAAGGAGUCGACAAGGCCGCAUAAAAAAAGGAAAGAGCCGAAAGUGACAUACAGCUCACAGAAGACAUCCUCAACGGUUGCACGGGAGAAUCUCGGCAUCGACUCGAGGGCGAAAAAGAAGUUCCGUCUGAGCAAAGCUGAACUCCCUUCAGGCCUGAGAAAGCCAGAGGCCCCAGGUGACUAUCCCGUGCUCUCGUCUGUGAAGGACGAUAUUGUCAGCAACAAGAUUGUCUCCAAGCACAGGUCAGGGACUCUUGGCCUGCAACUCAAAAAGGGCUCCCUCGACAAUUAUCCACCAAAGAAGACCGAGAUUGUACGACAUUUAAAUGUGGAGUUCAAAGGGAAGAGGUUAGGUCCUGGCCGGCCUGUCCAGUCUCCCACUUCCAAAGUGUCAGUGCCAUCAAUUAACAAUUCCUUGAACAAGUCCAAGCCUAAAGCAGGGGUCAGAUCUGUGGACACACACUCCUACCGCACUGCAGAGUCACAGAAUAACCUCCUGAGCCAGUUAUUUGGCCAGAAACUCACUAGCUUUAAGAUUCCUUUAAGGAAGGACACUUCUGAAUCAAUAAACUGAGGGAGAGCAUUCUGAGUGAGCUGGAGACACCAGAAAGUGGUGGACGAGACUGUACUGGGGAAACGUUCCCGACUCUCCCCUCAGUGAUAACGUUUUCACUUUUUAUUUAGUCACUUUAUUUCUUUUUUAUCUUCAUUUGUUUGUAAAUGUAACUGUUGCAUUAAUGUGAGGACCAAUUGAAAAGACGAGUUUAUGAAAUAUAAAAUAUUUUUGAAAGGACUUCCCUUUCCUCUGAAGUUUGACAUUAUCUUUUUAAGAGAGACUUUAUUUCAUUUACAAAAAAAAGAAAAGAAAAAAAUAUUACUUGAAAAUAAACUGAAAAUAUUUUUGUUAAAUAAUGCAUGACAGUAUGACCUUCUUUUUCUUUUGGGAGAAUAGGACCAAAGGACUCUGCAAAAUAAUAUGGACCAUGGCAAAGCAUCUUUGUUUAUGCUUUAGAGACUUACUGCUUUUAUUUCCUUUUGCUUCACUGUACUGCAGUGACAUUCUUUGUAUUGGCUUUUGUAUAACAUUAACUGGUGCUAUUCUAUGUUGUACUGUAAUGUGAACACAAAUGUCGUCCAUUGGAACAGAAAAGGUCACAACUUCCUUUCUCUUCAUCCCACAUGCUGGUAUUCUAGGUCCUGCACAAAAAUAAUAUGCAAGAAGGAAUUACUGUUGAUAAUAACAAAUUGUGCAUUUCUUUUUUAAGUGUUUAUCUGGCUUCUUGGAAAGGGUAUUAUUAACUGUUUAACCAUUUGCAUGAGAUCACAUCUGUCGAACUCAGGUGCUAGCAAGCCCUUAUCUGAAAGCUCUCCAGUGCACUGAUGUUUCUGCACAGAAAAACCCCACACCAUCAUCUGUCUGUCCUGCAGCUGGUUAGGACGCCUAUUUACUAGAUUCCAAAAAGGUGCUUUAUCUUGUUUAUAUGUAUCUUAACUUUGUAUAAUAUUGUAGGUAGUUUAUUUCUUGUGCAAUGCGUAAUGUCAAAAGUUUAUUUUAAUAAUAUGCAACAGAGUCGAAGAAUAAGAAGAAAGGGAAUUUAUGAUUGGCAUUAAAGUGCUUUACCAAGUGCCUCAUAAACUGGUUAUUGAAAGUC